AUGGUGGAACAAGUUGUAGAUGUUGACUUUAAAAAAAACCUGCUGAGUCCCAACGGCGCAUUCUAUUUGGUUGCGAUCAAGCAAAAUGACAUCCCAAAAUUGUUAACGUUCGAUAGCAGACUUCAUGGCAGCGUAGUACUUCAUCGCUGGUGUGGCAUUGAACAUUUGUUUGUGUUGAAGUUCACCCGGAAACAUGAAGAAAAUGCUGGUCCAAUGUGA